GCUGCACCGGUUUCAUUUUGGCUUCUCUCCUGUGUGGGAACCCCCCCAGCGCCCGCCAUGGACGACGCCUACGUUCCGGGCGGUUCGCCCACGCGGGCCUUGCUCUUCACCGUGUGCAUUCUGGUGUUACAAGGCUUAACGCUGGUGAGAUUGAUGAACGUCCUCCUGCUCAUGAGACGCAACAAGGAGUUCAGAUCUCUUUGGCAGCGUGCACACGCGGUCCUUUGCCGCUGCAGUGAACGCUUCUCUAAGGGAGCACAUGAAAGCACUUCGCCCGAAGUGGCAAAGUUCCACUGGGCCCAAUGCAAUUUGUUGGUCAUUGGCUCCCGCUUCUUUUCGCUGGUGCUGUUCUUUCGUUUGAUUAUGUUUCAGCUGUACCUUCAGACGGAUAUGGAGCACUUACUGUCCCCCCCGCUGGACAUUUCAAGCCUCGCGGGCUAUGCGGUGGUGCUGUUCCUCACCACUUUCAGGCGCACGGUGCAGCCGAAGACGUUGGAUUUCUGGUAUGUGGUGAAUCAAGGGCUUUCCAUACUGCCGAUCAUCUUAUGUGCGCCGGAAGAGGUGUACUCGAUGAGCUUGAUCACCCUGCUGCCCCGCUUCUUAGUAGGUUUGGUUCCAAAGCAUGCUUGGUGGGCCAUUCUGGGCAAUCUCGUCCAUUGGAUCUUAGCACUGAAACAUGUGGACUUCCAGCUCCAAAGCAGCACCUUUGCGGAGCAAUCUGCCAUGCUGGGCAUCGUUCUGGGAGGGAUCCUGUCGAUCCGGCAGCAGAUCUUCCAAAACGUGAAGAUGAGCUUUGAUUUAAAGACCCGCACUAUUGAGUUGGAAGCCGUCUCCUCCUUACUGCUGGGAUUCUGUGAUGCGGUGGUGGAGGUCGAGGAGGACACCUUGACCUUGACCGAGGACUCCCGACAACUCUCCACCAUGCUCCUCCACGGCCACGGCAUCUCUGCCGGAGGCCUAGCGGGGAGCGAGUUCUUGAAUUUUUUCACUCCUGAGGAUCGUGAUCAUAUCGAGGAGUCCUUGAGCACUGGCAGCAAGAAUACGCUGGCGUUGAAUGCACGGAUGUUGGAUUGUUUGGGCAACCUGGUCCGUGUGGAGCUGCUGCACAUCCGGUUUCGAAAUCCGAACGGUCAAGUCUGCCGUCUGGUGGGGAUGCGGGAGUUCCAGGAUUUGGGCUCCGUGGUCGUCCAGGAGAUGCACUCCAUGGACUCGGCUGGAGCGUUCAUACCAGAGCCUGUCCUUUUCAAUGCGAGCAGUUUCGAUGUCCUCGCCGUCGGCAGCGGCAUCGGACGCCUUUGCUUCAGUCGUGGAAUGUCUUUGGACCUCGAGAGUGGCAUGAAUGUCUUCGACCUGUCGAAAAGCACUGGGCCAAGCUCACUGAGUCGACAGCUGCAGGAGAUGAUCAACUCCUGGACCGAUGAGGCGACGCCCUUCACCAUGCAACUGGAGAACGUGGACCUGCUGGGCAUCUCCAUGGCGGAUGUGCAGGUGACGCUCCAGAAGGAUGAGGUGCUCAACGACCUGGUCGGCACGCUGAAGGUCCUGCACGUGGUUCCUUCUACUCCAAGUUCCAGGUUGACGCAUGGCAACCUGGCGACCCUGAACGUGCGACGCACCCGGAGCCGCAGCAGCAGUCGGAGCGGCGAGAGGCCACGGCGACAGACCUCCGCGGAGCGCGGAACGGGUUCCAUCUUGGAGCUGCGGACACGUGCGCCGAUGUCACUCUGAGGAGAUGAACUCCUGGAUGGAUCGCCUGACGCCAACUACGUCAGCUUGGCGCGUGGUCCGUGUGUACGCAGACCGUGAAUGGGUUGUGGAUCGAUCCACCCAAAACGUGGUUUCGGUGCCAUCUCAGGGGGUUCUGACCUUUCGGAAUCCGAGACUGGCACAGGCCGCGACACACAGCGCCGAGGUAGACAUCCAGAGGCUCUCUUGUUUUUUGCCUUCAAAGCACCGGGCACUGUUUUUGGCAGC